UUAAAUUAAUUUUGAAUAUUUUCGAAAAGUAAAAAGAAAAAAAAAAUACAUAAAAAUUAAAUAAAAAAACAUGACGAGCUACGACAGCGUCGACAAGUCGGCAAAAUCACAAAUGCUGCCGCAGGAUGCCACACAAAUCAUAAUGGAAUCGGCGAAACCCUUCACCAGCGAUGCACUGCGUCGCAGUUCAACGCCACACACGUUGGGCGGUAAAGUGAAGAAGGCGUUACGCAGUCGGCUCGAAAUACUCAAUUGGAUUGGCGAUUAUAACACAGAAUGGGCUAUGAGCGAUUUAAUAGCCGGCAUUACCCUUGGUCUUACCAUAAUUCCCGAGAGUAUUGCUUGCGCGCUGCUAGCCGGUCUACCGGCACGUUAUGGCCUGUGUUCGGCCUUUUUGGGCUCCUUCGUCUAUCUGAUAUUUGGUUCGAUAAAUAAAGUGAUCAUUGGUCCUACUAGUCUGGUGGCUCUAGUCAGUUUGCAAUUCACUGUCGGCAAGCCCAUUGAGUUUGCCAUAUUGCUCACCUUUCUCACCGGCGUUGUGGAGCUGAUAAUGGGCUCGUUGCGCGUGGGCGUAAUCUUCGAAUUCCUUUCAGUGCCAAUCAUUAAGGCUUUUUCCUCAGCCACCGCUAUACUCGUAAUCGAAUCACAGAUUAAGGUUAUGUUGGGCGUCAAAUACCUUGUGUCGGGCUUCAUUGGCUCGGUAGCUACGCUGUUGCCUAGACUACCAGAAACCAAUGUUGGCGAUCUUGUAAUGGGCCUCUUUGCUGUUUGUUUUCUACUCGGCGUUGCGCAAAUGGAAAAAUUAGCGGAUAAUCCAAAAAUUAAUCGCAAAUUGAGCACCGUGCUGCGUUACUUAUCGUUCUCACGCAAUACACUUGUUGUUAUAAUCACCGGCGCUGUAUCAUACAUUUGGCUUAGCGAGGAAAACACCGUACCAUAUGCGCUGAGCGCCAACGCGCUCGCUGGACUACCCAACUUUACCAUACCGGAAUUCGCGGUGGUAACGCCCGAUAAAACAUAUACAUUUGUCGAUAUGUUAGCCGAAUURAAUGUGGGCAUUAUUGUUAUACCCAUCGUUGGCAUACUCACGAACAUCUCAAUUGGCAAACUGACUCCUAAAGGUAUGGUCGAUGCCAAUAAAGAAUUGAUUACAGUCGGUUUGUGUAAUCUUGCGGGUUCCUGCGUACAAUCUAUGCCAGUUUCUGGCGCUUUCUCGCGUUAUGCCAUCAGUAAUGGUUGUGGGCUCAAAACGCCAAUGGCCAACUUGUAUUUAGGUGCUAUUGUGCUGCUGGCGCUUGGCUUUCUYAGUCCCUACUUCAAUUACAUACCCGAAUCAACGCUCGCCGCCAUUUUAAUGUGUUCCAUUGUCACACUUUUGGACUUGAAGCUGCCCUGCCGCUUGUGGCGUGAUGCCAAGCGCGAUUUUUGCGUUUGGGUGUUAUGUUUCACCGUGUGCAUACUGUGCGGCGUAGAAGUAGGACUYUUGGUCAGUAUUAUAGUCACGGUGCUGCAUUUACUAUUCAUGUGGGCGCAUCCACAGAUCUCGGUGAAAAUUGAAGAGGUAAAUGAGCUGCAGUACAUACGCAUUACGCCCGUCGGCGUCAUCUAUUUCCCCGCCAUCAAUCAUUUGCGCGCCAAAGUGAUGAAAGCCUGCGAACGCGUCCACUUCAGUCURCCGGUCGUCAUGGACUGUCACAAGAUCACCGGCAUUGACUUUACCGCAGCGCAGGGURUCUCGAAGCUGCCCGACGAUCUGUCACAGUCGGAAACGGGCGAUGGCCCAUUGUUGGUCAUACACCGACUUGGCGCAGAUAAACAGAAACUAAUUCAAACUUCCGCCAAGCUGAUAUUCUGUGACGACGACGAGCGUUUAUGCGAAAGUAUCACUCAAGAAUCGCUAAAGAAUGGCAACGUAGUGUUAAAGGAACAAGAGAAAGCUAUAAAUGGGGUACUAAGUGAGACCCAUUUAAAUUUGCAUUAUUAAAGCGAGAAGACGAACAAGAAGUCCGGGACACACAGUGUGUACGCAAGCAAGURAGCCUAUGUGAUAACUAGUGGAAAUUAAAAGAAGAAAAAUUCCACGAAUGUAAAUAAAAAKAAUUGAGACAAAUGCAAAACUUGCACGACCAGAUGCAUUCGUGUGCAACGCAUCGUUAAUGGUUGUACAUAUAAUAUUUAUGUCAUAGCUAGUUGCUAAGUGUUAGCUAGUGUAUAUAUAAUGUGAAAUGUGUGCCAUUGUUGUUGUCGUCAACGUUAAGCCAGACCAGAGAGUAUUCGAAUGUUUGUGUGAAUAAAAAAAAAAAUGCAUAAAUGUUCAUUUAGUUGUAACUUCAAUUUAACAAUAAAAAUAACAAUAGCAAAAUAUUAAUAWAWGCACAURUAUGUACAUAUGUAUGUAAAUAUAGUAUUUGAAGAUGAAUAAGCGGA